AUGUUUGCCUUCGGGAAAUUUCCAAAUUCCACUUCCGUCGAACGCCACUCCGACAGCGAAAUGUCACCGGGAUAUGUUCAUGGGAAUUGGUGCAAAUAUUUCCUUUGUUUCGUUCUCUUCAUUGUUGGAAUGAUGUUUAUAUUCGAUUAUUCGUUGAAAAUCUCCACUCCCAGUUUCACAUAUAUACAGCGAUCGGAAGACAUCGAGGCGCAGCCAAAAAGAAAAGAUAGGAAAGUUCGAAUAGCAAUUGUAACCGUACUGAAGAAGAUGACUGACAGGGUGCAAUAUACUACUGCAAUGACGACAAUGGAAUGCUACAGUAAACGUCUAAAUUACACAUAUGUCGUUACCGAUAGCAGCACUCAUUUACACGUUUGCAAUCAAACACAGGUAGUCUUUCAACGUCACUGUAUUGUCCGUUUCCUGUUUGAUAAGCUUGACGUGGACUGGAUACUGAUGGUUGAUGCUGACAUAGCAGUUGUUAACGAAAAAAGGCGAAUAGAAGAGUUUAUUGAUUGGAGCAAAGACAUCAUUUUCUAUGAGCGUUUCUUUAAUUUUGAAAUUACGGCAGGAACAUAUCUAGCGAAGAAUAGCGAGUUUACACGCAAUUUUCUGCAAGGAUGGGCUGAAUUUGAAUCGCGACUACCUUCAAGUUUUCACGGCAAGGAUCAGGGCGCUUUGCACGCAUGGAUGAUAGAAUUGUUCGCAGCAAAGGGGAAACUCUACACAAAAUGCAUAGAUUUCUGGAAUCGAUCAAAGAGUUAUACACACCUUGAAAAAUUUACACUCUGCUCCCGAGAGGCUCUUAAAAUAGCGGAUACUAGCAAAGUGUUGAUUCUGAAGGAGGGUAAAGGAUGGUGUCGUGAUGCUUGGCUCACAAAUAGUCAUUGGAAUCCCGAGACUGAUUUCAUGUUCCAUGCAUGGAAGGAGGUGAAUAAGUUACGUCCCGAAAACAAGAAAGUCGGUGUCCUUUCUGGUCCCGAAUUUUAUCCGUGGUUCAACACCUUAAAAACACCGUUGACGAAAUCUCAGUGUUUAAGCGGUGGAGAUGAUUGGACACAUGAUGCAGAUUUUAUCGUCCCUGUCAGCCAGCUACAGGCACAUCUGAAUCAAAAGCUGGAAAACGUUGAGCGUUCAUAUCAACAUCUGAGGGAACAACUUAAGUUGUAG